AUGUCUGGAGCACCGGUGCGAGUCAGCACACCCAUUCAUCAAUGGUCAGUGGAAGAAGCGCCAUAUUCUCCAGCUCUUCAUCCUUCCCCUCUCCUCAUCCUUCUUCUUCUUCUUCUUCUUCUUCUUCUUCUUCUUCUUCUUUUUCUUAUUCUUCUCCUCUUCCUCCUCUUCCAUACCACAACCACCGCCACCUUCGCCACCACCACCUACUCCUACUCGUCUUCCUUCACCUUCUUCCUCCUUCUCCUACUCCUACUUUUCCUUCUUUACCUUAUUCUUCUCCUAGCCCUUCAUCAUCAUCAUCAUCAUAAUCAUUAUCAUCAUCUACCUCUUCAUCUUGUCCUCUCUCUUUCCCCAUCUCUCCCUCAUAUGUUCUCCUUCUUCUCUUUUCUCUUCCUCCGCUUUCUUUUUCUCCCUCUCCUCGUCUUUUUCUUCUUCUUUGUCUUCGUUCUCCUCCUCCUCUUCUUCUUCCUCUACUUCUUCUUGCUCUUGAUCCUUGCGCUUCCUCUUUUUUCAUCUACCUCCACCCCUUUAUUUGCUCCCUUCUGCUCCUCCUCGUCUUUUCUUUCUUCUUCCUCUUGCUUCUCCGUGUUUAUAGAGAAACCGUUAUAG